AUGUCAAUUCAACUACGUUCAGGGGGCCCACUUACUUUAGCAAGUGUGAUACUUUUUCAACUUCCUAUUGUAUGGGGUGCUAAUCUCGGUGGCUUAGAUUCAAAUGAUCUGACAACAAAUACUAAUACUAAAAAGGCAACAAACACUAAAACCGAUACUAAAACCAAUACUGAUACAACAGCAAAUACCAAUACCAAUACUGAUACUGAUACAACAGCAAAUACCAAUACCAAUACCAAUACUGAUACUAAUACCAAUACUGAUACACUUCUCACAGAUACUGCUGCUACAACUACAGAUGUUACAUACAACCAAUAUGGAUUUACUGGAAGUCAAUCAGUUUGGGAACCUGAAACUGUUACAUCUACAACCAAUUCUAAUUCCAAUUCCGAUUCCAACUCCCAAUCAAAUUCCAACUCCAAUUCCGAUUCAUCCUCUAGUUCUCAAACUACUCAUUCUAUCAAAGGUAAUAAAACUUCUUCGGCCAACAAGCUAAGAUUCGGUUCACAGGAUAAUGGACAUUCUUUCAAUAGUGGUUAUGUAAUUGCUGGUGCCAUUGCCGCUGGUUCUUUUGUAUGUCUUUUAUAA